GUUUGUGCAAUUACUCUACUUAAAAAUCAGCCAAAGUAUGACACAGUGUCCCGUCGGAGCAGCAGAGGAUGAGAUGACAAGUCAGGGCACCAUGGCGUGCAUAUUUACGCCCCUCUGAUUUUUUGCAUCUGUCCUCGGUUUAUACGGUACCAAACGGCUGAACGGCUCCACACUGGAGGCCCCUCUCCUAGUCUCCUCCGCCUUCCUCGUCUCCUUUCGCCUUCUUGGUUCUUCAUUCCAGCUCCAGGGCAUCUGGAAUGGUGACUACAGAGUGUGGGUGCGCAGAGUGUGGGUGCUAGCUGAACUACUCCCUUUGUAUUCCCGCCAAGCCUGCUAGACUGCAGCUGUAGAGGGUAUAGAAAGUGCGAGAUGAGGAAUUCUUGCGAGGGCUGCAAGAGGUACUGGAACCAUCUACAUGGGAAGGUCACGCGUUUCGUCAGGCGGAUGAACAAAAAUUCGAGAAAAAGCCUGGUCAUACCAGAGAGGUUUGGGAACCAUUUUGUACGAAAGAUGCCAGGAACCAUCGAACUAGAAGGCCCCAAUGGUAAAGUGUAUGAUGUUGGAGUUACCAAGCACAAGGACAUAACAAUCCUUCAGUCUGGAUGGGAGGUGUUUGUUGAUGCCAAUAACAUAGUGGAGAAAGACUCGUUGAUGUUCCGGUACCAUGGAAGAUCUCGCUUCAAGGUUGCGGUCUUUGAUUCUGGUGGUUGUGAGAAAAGGGUAUCCUGUGCUGGCAUUGAGAGCGAUACUAGUAAUCAAGAACGAAGCAAAAAUUAUGCAGACAUGUCAAGCAGUUCGAGCGAUCAGAAUACUCGUUCGUCAGUGGGUCGGGGGUCAGAUGGAUGCCAAAAUCGUAGCUCAGGCCGUUGUAGAAAAUGGUCAAGGACAGACGCAACAUCCUCUUCAUCUGAGGAUUUUUCAGGAGAAGACAGUCCUUCUGAGUCCGAUGAUCACACACUCUCGAAGCCUCUUUAUGUCUUAUCAGGGCAAAGCUAUGUAACAGAAGAGCAGGAAGCAAACAUAGUUGCACUUGUCAAGGAAACUCAACCAAAGAUGCCUCUGCUUGUGGCUAUGAUGAACAAGCCCAAUGUGAAACCAUAUCCUGACCUGGUAAUUCCUAAGGAUUACACUAUCACUUACUUUCCACACAAAAGUCAAACUACCACACUCCAGCUGGCCAGGCAGAGCAAGACUUGGCACUGCAAAUUACUUGUCAGACAAGACGGAGGACCAAAGAUGGCCUCAACUGUGCGUGUUAAGGAGGAACAGUCUGACGAAAGUGGAAGAUUAGAUGGAUGCCAAAGAGGGCAUUCAAGCCACAUUAGAAGUAUUACAAAGACGGCUUCUAUAUCCUCUGCAAAUAAGGAAUCAGGAGAAGAUAGUGCUUUGGAGUGCGAUUCUUCUGAGUCGGAUGAUGUUCAAACGCCUCCCGAGCAUGAUUAUGUGUUGUCACUUCGGAGUUAUUUAUCUGAAAAACAAAAGGAGAAAGUUGUUAUGCUUCUCCGGAACAUUCAACCCAGAACUCCUGCAUUCGUGGCUAUCAUGAAGAAGUCCAGUGUCGAACCACCGCAUUCUUCUCUGACCAUCUCUAAGAAAUACGCAGUUCUACACUUUCCCCAUGAAAGUGCAUCUGUCACACUUCAGAGAGCGGGUGUGAAGAAGAAAUGGCACCCCAGGUUCUACAAGACGAAAAAUGCAAGUAUGCACAAGAUUAGGGGGGAGUGGUGUGAUUUUGUUUGUGAAAAUCAUGUGGAGGAGGGAGAUAUCUGUAUCUUUGUACCAGCAAAGAAUGGGAGAAGGUUCACGUUUACGGUUCAUCUACUGCGCGCAGAAAGCAACACGCAUGCAGGUCCUUUUGUGCCGCCCUACAUACUAGCACAAAAUAGCUGUCUAUCUCCAUUGCAACAGAGUAUAAUUGAAGAUAAAUUGCAAGCCAUCCAAUUGGAAGCACCCCUAUAUGUUGCAAUCAUGAACAAUACCAGUGCUGGUGUCAAUGGGCGUUACGUACUGGAAUUUGGUGCACAAUAUGCUGCUGUAUAUCUUCCAAACAAAGAGCAAACUAUUUUGCUCCAGCGUGCGCGGAAGAUAUGGCACACCAAGCUACGUAUAUGGAGUGGUAGGAGACGUGUGCUCCAUGGUGGCUGGCGCAAAUUUGUCCGUGACAACUGUCUGCACGCCGGAGAUAUCUGUCUAUUUGAGCUGAAGAACAACCGGAAGGAGCUUAAGAUGAGGGUUCAUAUCAUUACGAGUGAUCAGUAUUAGUUUCUACUUUGUUGUAGAAGGGAAUGCUGGCCCCUGCUAUUUCUGCUGGAGCUAUGUUUUGUACUCUAAAACCAAAUGGUUGUAUGGUUGAUCUUGGAGAACUACUGCAGCUGAAACUCUGAAUUUUCCGCAAUUCCAUGUAAUUUCUAAGUUUGGUGUCA